UAAAACGAUUUAAGGAACCAAAGGAAGAGAGGCGUCCCUGGAGGAUAUGGUUUUAUGACACCUCCAAGCAAGCAAUAGGUGCACUCUUCAUCCACUUUGCUAAUGUUUUUCUGUCUGAUCUCACUGAAGAGGACCCUUGUUCUCUUUAUCUCAUUAAUUUCAUCCUUGAUGCCACGCUGGGGAUGCUGCUGAUCUGGUUUGGUGUGAAUGUUGUCUCCUGGGUUGUACAACGUCAGAACUACACAUACCUGGUCUUUGGAGAAUAUGGUGAUCCACCACAAGCUGCUGCCUGGAUUGGUCAGUGUAUUCUCUAUUUGCUGAUAAUGGUUUUUGAGAAGACUGUGAUAAGUCUGGUCCUGCUUAUCCCAGGUUGGACCAAGCUUCAGGAGAUUCUCCUGGAUUACAUCCCAAACCCCCAGUUGGAGCUGGUGCUGGUGAUGCUCGUUGUGCCUUUUGUAGUCAAUGCCAUAAUGUUCUGGGUUGUGGACAGCUUGAUCAUGAGGAAAUACAAGCAGAAGGAUACCCUGGACAUCAAUGGAUCCAUAGAAACCCCACGAGCUAGAAGAACAGAGGAAUCUCAGGUGUUGCUCUCACCAGAUGGGGAUUUUGAUCACUCUGAAAGCGACCAGGAUACUUCAGGACUCCACGGAACAAGUCAGAAGAUGAGGCAGCCCAGCUAUCAGGUGGUCAUCUGACAGCACCAGGACAAGUGU